CGAGUAAUCGAUUACUCCCUUUACUUGCGAAUUUAGUUUUUAUAUUUCAGCGAUAUAAUGGAAAACUCUUCAAUUAUAGGCGUUGACAAAACGCAGGUACCACCGCUCAACCAGAAGCGCAUCCUGGCAUUUGUGAACCACUUCUUGGUCAACACCUGCAACUUCCUCAAUGAAUUUGCACUGGGCUGCGAGACAAAGUUCGUGGAAAUGGAGAGGCAGCUACAAAAAACGGAGGCUUCCCUGAUAAUCCUCGAGGCGAAGCUCGCCUCCAUCCCCACCGAUCACCUAGUACCGAGCGAAGGUGCGAAUGUACCAGCACAGUCUGAAAAGCCCAUCGAAGCCCCAACGCCGGAUUCGGAAAUCACGUCCAUGUCCGAAAAACCCGUAGAUGAAGCCCCAGCGGAGCCAGCCGGUGUGCGUGCUUGCGAGGAUGUGCGCUACAGAAAGUUCUUCAAGAUGCUGCAUGUAGGAGUUCCCGCGGCGGCAGUCAAGCAGAAGAUGCAAUCCGAGGGCCUGAAUCCGCGCUUAUUGGACACACCGGAUAUGGUCCUGGCAGACGGUGUCCGUGAGUGACCAAUUGAGAGGAAGAGCCCGCCUUGUGAUAUAGCAGUUUUUGCUAGCGUUUUCAAUUAAACAUUUUUAAAGCUUACGUCUACA